GGGGCCGGAGCGAGUCACGUGCCGCCCGGCCCGGAAGCGCUAGCGCCCGAGACCCCGGGGUGACCGGGUCAGGGGCUGUAGUUUCCAGAGACCGUGGAGGUCGCGGGGGUCCCUGCAGCGUCGCGCCCCCCUCCGCCGCCGCCAUGGCCUGGACCAAGUACCAGCUGUUCCUGGCCGGGCUCAUGCUCGUCACCGGCUCCAUCAACACGCUCUCCGCCAAGUGGGCUGACAACUUCGUGGCCCAGGGCUGCGGAGGAAGCCAGGAGCACAGCUUCCAGCACCCCUUCCUCCAGGCAGUGGGCAUGUUCCUGGGGGAGUUCUCCUGCCUGGCCGCCUUCUACCUGCUCCGGUGCAGAACCGCGAGGUACUCGGACGCCAGCAUGGACCCCCAGCAGCCCUUCAACCCCCUUCUUUUCCUGGCCCCGGCCCUCUGCGACAUGACCGGGACCAGCAUCAUGUAUGUGGCCCUGAACAUGACCAGCGCCUCCAGUUUCCAGAUGCUGCGGGGAGCGGUGAUCAUCUUCACGGGCUUGUUCUCCGUGGCCUUCCUGGGGCGGAGGCUGGUGCCGAGCCAGUGGCUGGGCAUCCUCGCCACCAUCGCGGGGCUGGUGGUCGUGGGCCUGGCCGACCUCCUGAGCAAGCACGACGAUCAGCACAAGCUCAGCGAAGUGAUCACAGGGGACCUGCUGAUCAUCAUGGCCCAGAUCAUCGUCUCCAUCCAGAUGGUGCUGGAGGAGAAGUUUGUCUACAAGCACAACGUGCACCCGCUGCGGGCAGUUGGCACGGAGGGCCUCUUUGGCUUCGUGAUCCUGUCCCUGCUGCUGGUGCCCAUGUACUACAUCCCCGCCGGCUCCUUCAGCGGGAACCCUCGGGGGGCGCUGGAGGACGCCCUGGACGCCUUCUGCCAGGUGGGCCGGCAGCCGCUCAUCGCCCUGGCGCUGCUGGGCAACAUCAGCAGCAUCGCCUUCUUCAACUUCGCGGGCAUCAGCGUCACCAAGGAGAUGAGCGCCACCACCCGCAUGGUGCUGGACAGCCUGCGGACCGUCGUCAUCUGGGCCCUGAGCCUGGCGCUGGGCUGGGAGGCCUUCCACCCGCUGCAGAUCCUCGGCUUCCUCAUCCUCCUGAUGGGCACUGCCCUCUACAACGGGCUGCACCGCCCGCUGCUGGCCCGCCUGGCCCGCAGCCGGUACCCAGCGGAGGAGGGCGAGCGAGAGCGCCUGCUGGAUCCCUCUCAGACGCUCAUCAACGAUGCCAGCUGAGCCUCCCGCGGGCCUGCUGCCGCGCGGAUGCACCUCGUUCGCCCUGAGGCUGAGGCCGCACAGCCUUGUGAGCCUCAAGCUCCCUGUCCCCAAGGCCUCGCCCUGCCCCUCCCCACAGACCCCCCAGGACAGACCCCCGGACCACAGAUGAUGACAGGACACCCAGGCCCUCCUUUGUCACCACCUCCCCCGGGCCUGAAUGCAGUGACCCACGCCAAGCUCGCCCAGGCCCCCACAGCAGCACCAACGCGGAACCACUCGGUGGAAUUGCAGGAGUAACAUCCCUAGGGUUUUCUAAUCCCAAGCAAAAUUAUUCUCCAGAGAAGAGAGGUCAGUGAGCAGAUUCAGAGCAGAACCAAGUGCCCCGUUUUUGAAACGUGUAAGGUGUCCCCUCGCGCUGUCCGGAGCCUUCGGUUUUGCUGACUCAGCCUGUGCUCCCAGCCCCUUAGUCGCUCUGGUGUCCCGCUCCGGGAAGCAGAUGGUGUCAGCCUGUGGCUUCGGAGCCUUCCAACCCCAGCUGGGCCCUUUGUGUGGCCUGAGGCUUUGACCAACUGGGGAAGGAGUGACAGCCAUUCGAGGGGAAUUCCCUCUGCCCACAGGCCUCCCCCAGGCCUGUUUGGUGCCCAGGUGUCCUUGUCGCACACCCUCAGGGCUCCCCUUCCUGGGAGAGAUUGCAGGGGAGUUCCAGGCUGCCCUUAUGGGAGCAGCUUGUAUGACUCUGCACCUUCCAUUUUACCUGAGGCCCAAAAUUGUAAGUUGUUUGGCCGUGUGGCCGCAUGGUCCUGCCACAGGCUGGCAUCUAGAGCACAGCUGGCCCUCAGCCCCCCUCCAGGGUGAUGGAUUGGCCAGGAUCCUGCCUGUUCACAGUGAUUCUGGCCUCCCAGGCUUUGUACAAAGUGCUUAACUUUCAUUCCAUCACAUAACAACCUGCACAGGUGGGUGCAGAUGAGGAAACCGAGGCAGAGAGGUUGUGUGACUUCCUGACGGAGCAGGUGUUUAAGUAAUGAAAUCUGAUUCCAAAUCUGUAGCCACCUUCCUCUCUUUCCCCCCCCAUACUGGUCUCUCUCUGGGGUCUUUGGGGGGAUUUUCUGUGGCUGGGAUAGAAACAUCAUGAGCUGGUAUCCUCCCAGUAGCUCCCCCUCAGCCCGGUCAAAGAGAGGCAGCUGGCAUUGGGGACCCCAGGGAGCCGAAUGACCCUCCAACCCAGUGUUCCUCACUCCCUGACAGUUUCUGGGGCCUCAGACUGUUUUUUUCUGGGCAGCUCGCAUAAAACACCAAAUGCCUUCGUUAAAAUCAAGUCUAGGGGAAGGGAUCUUUGGCAAGCAGAACCCUCAGGCUGUGUGGGAAGCCAGCAGGUUACUAAAGUUUGUUGGGAGGAGCGGGUCUUUCUUUCCCACCAGCCCUGAGUCUCUGGGACACUGUGUGUCACAGGAAGAAGAAAUGGAGAGUGAGGGUCCUGGGGACUACAGCUGCCUUGUCCAAAAACAAAACAAAAACAAAAGAAAAGCCUGCCUUGGGAUGUUUUAGCCUUUCUGUUAAAAAAGAAAAGGGAAAUUAGCUAUAUGGAUUUUUUUUUUUAAUUGGGGUGUUCUAGAAUGUUGGAUGGAAAAGCGCUCAUGUGCCAAAGCACGGAAACCACCCCGUCCAUCGUCCAUUGUUCAGAUGGAGAAACUGCAGCCCAGAAAGAGGAAGCAGGGCGUGCAGCCGGGAGCCUGUACCCGGACCCCAGGACUGUAUAGGCCAAUGCACAGUGGGGUGUCAUGUAAGGCCGAACUGUGCGCCAGGGUGGCUGCUGAACACCCCAGACCAUCAACUUUUAUUUAUGUUACUGAGUUUAUUGGGGUGACAUUGGUUUGCAAAACCAUACAGUUUUCAAGUGUUCAACUCAAUAAAACAUAUGCACCCUG